UAUGUUCGAACAUGCCGCAAGAAACAAAAGUUCAAAUGUGAACGCCAAAAGAGAUCGAAGAAGAUGGUAAAGUGCGAAAAUUGCGGCAGCGCUGAGUUUUACAAAGACUCUGGUUUUUUCUUUUGUGCAUCGUGUCAGACGCAAAGUCAGGAUGUUGGACAAGAGGUGGAAUUCGUAUACCCAACAGAGAAUGUGAGAUUAAAAAAAACGAGAAUUCGUUCUGUGAGAAGUGGCAACGCAGAUGCAGAGGCAGUAGGAUGGACAUCCUGGGAACUGUAUAACUUUGCUUUAAUCGGCCUGACAAACGAGCUUAUUGAGCUUGGUGCAUCAGCUAAUAUAAAGAUGACAGUGUUGCAACUAUGGGCGCGGUAUUUAGGAAAAUUAGAGGUAGCUUUCAUGUCUACAAAGAAAAAGCUAGUACCCAAACUAUCAAGAAGAUACAAGAAGAGGGAUGCUGCAAUUAUAUAUGGCAAGAUUUUAUCAAAGACCAAAAAAAGAAAAAGAAAAAGAACUGAAACUAAUGUGACAGAAACCGAAGCUUGUUUGAGUGAUGAAAUCUCCAUGAGACACAUAAAUAGAAACAAGAAAUUAAUGAUGACUGCAGACUACGAUAGGCACAUGCAGUUACAAGCUAACUCAGAGGGAGAUACGCUUAGUACAUUUAGUCAGAGUGCGCAGUCCACUGUAGGAAGUGAAAAUAGAAGUUUUAGAAUAAAAUUUAAUGCCUCAGCCAAGAAAGAGGCCAAAAAAGUUAAACAACUGGCGAAAGGAGUACCAAAACACAAACGUAGGAAAUACAAGGAAACCCACGUAACAACUGAAUAUAGAUCCGGACCGGAAAUUAUCACAACCUCCAAAUUGCUGGCGAUUUUGUAUCUGAGUUUGAGGAUUCACAAUCAGGAUAUACAUCUGGGUGAUAUGUUGAGAUACGGGAGAGAAGGUCAUUUGUCGUAUUACAGACUAGAUUGUCUGGUACCUCCUGAGGUAGAGCUGACGAAACAGGAGACGAAUUUCUUAUCGCGCGUUACGGACGUAACUCACAAAGGUAUGAGGAGGAUAAUUGGACGAAUGGCGAAAUUUCUCGGGGUCAGACACAUAAUCUGUCCAAAUUUCUUGCCGCUCAUCAAUCGAUACUGCAGCGAAUUAGCUCUACCAAAUGGAAUAUCGCUGUACGCGGAAAGACUGAUAGCUCUGUCGCCCCCAAAAUUGUUUGAUAUGAUAUUCCAUAAAAGGUUUCACAUUCCUAAUUACGAAGGUCGUGCUAUGGCAUUUAUUAUCGUAGUGAUGAAAAUAUUACUGGGUUUGGAUAACGUAACGGAAUACGAAAUCAGUAACGUUGCUGAUAGAAUCAAUAGUGCAAUUAACGUCGAAGGUAUCAGUGACGUGAAACUGUUCAGUUUCCGUGAGUGGCAGAUGUACGUCGAGUGCAGAAGAACCGUGUUGAUCAACGCGCACUGUCCCACCAAACUCAAGCACAGUCCGAACACGCCGGACGUCAACAGUCUGUACCUGAGAUUCUUGGAGUUUAUUGACUCGAAAACGGACAGAAAAUCCGAGAUAACCACGCGCAAGCAUCUGAUGCCAUCUCAACUCGUUGAAACGAUGAAACAGUGCAUCAGCGUCGUAAGUCACAUUGAUCUGCCGCUGAACGAAGUCACUCAAUUCCUUCCCUCGCUGACGCCACAUCGGUCGUAUCUUCAACAACUGCUGGAAAAUCCGUUGCACGAUCUUCCGAGAAUAUUGCAGAGUGACUUUUGCUCCACGAAGAUUGGCUACAUGACGAAACCAGAAUAUAUUUGCAGACUGGCUGCGGAACACGACGUGCAAGUGAAUUUUAUCGAUUCGAAUCUGCACUUUGUGGAAAAACUCGUGCCGCUUUUCGAGCAGAAAAAGAUGCCUUCUGUGAAGGAAUUGCAGGAAAAAGUCGUGGUGCAAGAUCAGCUUGAGGAUAUUACGUGUGUCGAGGGGAAGGAAGACUUCACUGAGUAUUUGCACAGAAACGUGCCGUGCGAGAUUAAAAUUGACGCGACGAAGAGCCAGUAUUACAGAGAGAGACGACACGCGGCCGCCGCCGCGGAAACGGAUAACGUGUUCGCGUUCGCUGAGACUCUUCCGAACGGCAAACUGUCGAUCCCGGAUAGAAACGAUACCAAGAGCGACGCGUUGGAGAACGAAGAAGUUUCCAAAGAAGAAUUGUUGUCCAAGUUUUGCAAAACGUACAAUCUGGAUCUCUCGCGCGCUGAGGAGAGAGUCUUGUUGACGGGUUCGAACUUGAGGAGAAAACAGAAGCGCGAAUCUGUCAGAGACGUGCGCGGCAAAUUUGUCAAAUCUAACGAUGUUACUCAGAAAACUCCGAGCUCCGACUGCCCGAUAAAAUCUGAAACAAUUUCGCCGGACAAUGUCGACCUGGAAGACGUUUCCGAUUUGCUGCCGAAUAUUUCCGACAUUUUGAAUGCGAGCAGUAACGCGUCUAUUUUUAAUGACUUGAUAAAUGAUCAGUCGGAGAACCGUUGUGAAACGACGAACGAGCUGGCGUUCGGCGAUCUCUUGAACCUGCAAAGCGACAAGUUGAACGACGGCGUUCUCAGACUGUUCAGACCCUUCAAGGACUAUUGGAUGUAUCAUUGCGUCUUCAGUCGCGUUAAGCCAAAGAAUUUCGAAUUAUUCGAGAAGAUGCUGCCGAAGAGUUUCCGAUGGUUGCUGAACGAAUGCGCGAACACCAUCGAAAUGCCAAUCGAAGAUUUUUACCAAGAACUAUGUGUUGUCGAGGAGUUGUUGGAGAAGUUUAUCGCGCAACUUGGUUCGACAGAAUAAACAAUUCAAAUAAAUAUAUAUAUUAAAUUGAUCGAAAUUAUUAAAUUGUUUUUUUUAUUUAUAACGCAGAC